UUAUUUGUUCUGUGCCACAGAAUCUGUGGUGUAUUGUCAGUUGCAUACAUGUACAGUUUACUCACUAUAAACAAAAUUUUAAUAUUUCUUUAAAAUUUAAGUAAAAAGGCCUUUAAACAGAUGAUGGUUUCUACGAGAGGAGUAAAAUUGAAAUUUUACGAAGGAGAAAGAGUUUUGUGUUACGAACCCGAUCCAACUAAGGCCAAAGUUUUGUACGAUUCCAAGGUUUUGGACGUUAUUAUUAACAAGGAUUUGAGGGGAAGGAGGUCCAUAGAAUAUUUAAUACAUUUUCAGGGAUGGAAUUCUUCAUGGGAUCGGUGUGUUGGAGAAGAAUACGUGUUAAAAGAUACACCAGAGAACAGACAAUUACAAAAAGACCUUGCUGAAAAGUCGCAAUUACAUUUAGGAGCCUAUCUCUAUCGAAAAGAAAGAAAAAAGAACCGAAAACCGGAGGGGCUUGACGGGGGCAGGGCCGGAGCGUCAUCUGAAGACGGCAGUUCCGGAAGCCCAGCCAGAAUGGACAUGGACGACGGACCAGAAGGCACAAGCUCCUCUGAACUAAACCAGGAAAUCAGGGAAAUAUUAGAGAAUGAUCACGCGAUGAUCACAAAGAACAAGUUACACAAACUACCCGCGGAACCAAAUAUAAUCACGAUUUUAGAAAUGUUUUGGAAGCAUUUCGCGAGCAACCAAAUAUUCGGUUUGAACGAAAAACCCAAUUCCAGAAAUAGAAACAAUAAUAAUGCUAAUAAAGCUAAACCUGAGGACAUUCAAAAGAACCUUACAAUUGGUAAAGAAUUUGUGGAUGGAAUUCGAAUAUAUUUUGACGCAAUUUCAGUGGAACAUUUACUGUACCCUUCCGAAAAAGGACAAGUUAAAACUACUUUGGCGGUUUAUCAAUCUCCAGUAAAUUCUUUAAAAAAUAAGUUUAAAUCCGAAAACUACGAUUCUCAUAAUAAUCAUCAAUGCCUAGAAGAUAUGAACAAAAAUGGAUCAUUACAUCACCAUGACGAGGUAAAUUCGAGGAGAAGAACUUUGAGGUCCAAUCAUAAACAAGAAACUCAAACUAAUGGGAAUGAGCCUGUGGAGGUGCUUCCACCUGUUGUGAAUGUUAAACCCUCCGCCAGCAUUGCCAGCAGUAAUUCAGAUGCAACUGGACCCCUGACCAAAGCAUUGGCCUGGCAACUUUUACCAGAACAUGUUUAUCUUCAACAACCCCCACCGCCAAGUCUUGUAUAUGGUGCUACACACUUAUUAAGGUUAUUCGUAAAGCUGCCAAUGUUUCUAUCCUGCUCCUCACUAACAGACGCCAAAUUAAAGGUCAUACUUAGAAACGUGGAAUCGCUUUUGGAUUUUUUGGCGGAACACAAGGAAUGGUACGAUGAUAAAUUUUACGUUGACACUCCAAUACACAGGGAUUGACCUAGGAGAUUAUUAUGUGAAGACUCAAUUAAUUGAUUUAUUCUUAAGAUAGACUUAAAUGUGAUUUUAUCCUAGUUUUAAGUUUUAUUCUCAAUACCUACAGUUUUAAAGUAAAAAAAUGUAUUUAGGUAGUGUAUUUAUCAAUAAAACUAAAUUUUAUUUUUUAAU